GCGACUGUGGGUGGUGGCAGCAGUGGCGGUUCCGCAGGGGGAGCAGCUGGAGUGGGAGGAGCCGGGGGAGGAGGAAGAAAGGGAGGGGGUGGUAAAGAUGAAAGAGACGACGAAGGGAACGACAGUGCAAGGGAGGACGACGACGAGGAAGAAGGAGAGGAAGAGGAGGGAGAAGAAGAAGAGGAGGAAGACCAGUGUGACAGUGGCAUAAGCAUGUCGGAAUCCCCAUUUGUAGCUCCCCAUGAGAGUCAGUCUCCUUCCCAUGAGCAUCCGUGUUUCGUUCUACCUCCUCCUCUAACCCCUCCUCACAAAUGCUCCGGCAGUACCCGGUCGUCCCUCUUACUCUGCCUCAACCGUGUUUUCCCUCUCCUCCUCAAACCCUGCCACCUGCAGUACAGCCGUUCCAUUUCCUGCGUCCCUCAACUCUGCCCGCACCAGACCCUCCCUCCUUACCUGCGCAAAACCUUUCCUCUCCACCUCCCUCCCCACCUCCCUCGAAUGCCAGCUCUGACUCUGCCUUUUUGUCAGGAGAAGAACCACAACAUGAUGAGCUGGUUCCCGGACCUCACGCACAGUUCCCGGACCUCACGCGCAGGUUCCCGGACCUCACGCGCAGGUUCCCAGGCCUGGCGCACAAGUUCUCGGGCAGGUUCCCGGGCCUCAGGUGCCAACCAACGAUGACAGCACUUCAGAUGAAGAAGAAGGCAGCAAUGGUCCACUUCACUUUCCCUACCUUGCUGAGCCUCGUAGUGAUUCAAUGUAAAGGUAACAAUAAUUAUCACUCCAUCCCCUCCCCUCCUUGGAUUAACCCUUAGCAAGCCAUAUAUAUAUAUAUAUGUAAUACUAUAAUACUAAGCGUUAAAAUGUAAUACUUAUUUAAGGAGAUACAUAUGGUGUUCAAAGGGGUUAGGAUUUUCCCGUUUUCACCAGUUACUUUUGUACCACUUUCACCUCUCAACGUAAUGAUACAUUGAAGUGCCUUACUCUAAUAGCAGUGAUUUCAAAGGGUUAGGAUUUUCCCUUUUCACCAGUUACUUUUGUACCACUUUCACCUCUCAACGUAAUGAUACAUU